UUCAACCGCGGGAAAAUCCAGGGUUGUGGACUACCACUACCGUGAGGUAGUGCGCCGUCCCGCCCCUUUCGCGGCGUCUUCGAACGCGCCGCGGCAGCCAUGUUGGUCGUGGCCAACACAGGUGCCGGCACCAGGGGUUUACUGAAGCAGCUGUCACGAUGUUGGGAUCCUUGGUAUUGAAGAGAACAGCGCCGGCGCCGCGGCUCCUCCUCCGGCUGCUCGGGGCUCCAUCGAUCCAGAGCCAUGGAAUUGCCUUUGGCCGGAGUGUAAUCACUGGGGACCGCGUGGAACUACAGUGGCUGAGAGCGGCCGCCGGAGGGCGCCCUGGAACAUCUUUGGCCUUGCUCCCCGAGCAAGGAGCAGCCACCGGGGGGCGCCAGGGAAGACUCAGAGAGACUCAGUACUUGGCUGCCUCCACGUGGGGGCGCCUUCCUACCCCCGAAGAAACACUCCCAGGACACAACUGGAAUGGGUUCCCUAACAGAGCUGGACUGGGCGUGUGGGCCCUGGCCACGGCGCUGGUGGUUCAUUGCUACAGCAAGAAUCCAUCCAACAAGGAUGCAGCCCUGAUGGAAGCUGCCCGAACCAACAAUGUACAAGAAGUCACCAGGCUGUUGUCAGAAGGUGCAGAUAUCAAUGCAAGACACAAACUUGGCUGGACGGCACUCAUGGUGGCAGCCAUCAACCGAAAUGACAGUGUGGUACAGAUUCUGCUUGCUGCUGGGGCUGACCCAAACCUUGGGGAUGAUUUCAGCAGUGUCUACAAGACUGCCAAGGAGCAGGGAAUCCAUUCUUUAGAAGUCCUGGUCACCCGAGAGGAUGAUUUCAAUAACCGACUAAACAACCGUGCCAGCUUCAAAGGCUGUACAGCCCUGCACUACGCUGUCCUUGCUGAUGACUACCGCACCGUCAAGGAGCUGCUUGAUGGAGGAGCCAACCCCCUGCAGAGGAAUGAAAUGGGACACACACCGUUGGAUUAUGCCCGAGAAGGGGAAGUGAUGAAGCUUCUGAGGACUUCAGAGGCCAAGUACCAGGAGAAGCAACGUAAGCGUGAGGCUGAGGAACGGCGCCGCUUCCCCCUGGAGCAGCGACUGAGGGAGCACAUCAUUGGCCAGGAGAGUGCCAUCACCACCGUGGGUGCUGCGAUUCGGAGGAAGGAGAAUGGCUGGUACGAUGAAGAACACCCUCUGGUCUUCCUCUUCUUGGGAUCAUCUGGAAUAGGAAAGACAGAACUGGCCAAGCAGACAGCCAAAUACAUGCACAAAGAUGCCAAAAAGGGCUUCAUCAGGCUGGACAUGUCUGAGUUCCAGGAGCGACAUGAGGUGGCCAAGUUCAUUGGGUCCCCACCAGGAUAUAUCGGCCAUGAGGAGGGUGGGCAGCUGACCAAGAAGUUAAAGCAGUGCCCCAAUGCCGUGGUGCUCUUCGAUGAGGUGGACAAGGCCCAUCCAGAUGUGCUUACCAUCAUGCUGCAGCUGUUUGAUGAGGGCCGGCUAACCGAUGGGAAGGGGAAGACAAUCGACUGCAAGGAUGCCAUCUUCAUCAUGACCUCCAAUGUGGCCAGUGACGAGAUUGCACAGCACGCCCUGCAGUUGAGGCAGGAAGCUUUGGAGAUGAGCCGUAACCGUAUCGCUGAAAACCUUGGUGAUGUCCAGAUUAGUGAUAAGAUCACCAUCUCAAAGAACUUUAAGGAGAAUGUAAUCCGCCCCAUCCUGAAAGCUCAUUUCCGGAGGGAUGAGUUUCUGGGACGGAUCAAUGAGAUUGUCUACUUCCUCCCCUUCUGCCACUCGGAGCUCAUCCAACUAGUCAACAAGGAACUGAACUUCUGGGCCAAGAGAGCCAAGCAAAGGCACAACAUCACACUGCUGUGGGACCGAGAGGUGGCAGACGUGUUGGUUGACGGCUACAAUGUGCACUAUGGUGCCCGCUCCAUCAAGCACGAGGUCGAGCGCCGCGUGGUGAACCAGCUGGCAGCAGCUUAUGAACAGGACCUGCUACCAGGAGGUUGUACUCUGCGCAUCACUGUGGAAGACUCAGACAAGCAGCUCCUCAAAAGCCCUGAACUGCCCCAGGCUGAGAAGCGUGCACCCAAGCUUCGGCUAGAGAUCAUUGAUAAGGACAGCAAGACCCGAAAACUGGACAUCCGGGCACCACUGAACCCCGAGAAGGUGUGCUACACCAUCUAGCACCAACCUGCUUGUACAUGCCCUGAGCACCUAAUAAAGACCCGUCACCGUGGCAUGACACCUGCCCUGUCUUCCCACCGUGCCUCCCUUCCCUGCCUCCUCCCUCCCCACCCUGAAGCACUCCCUUGUCCCCUUGGUGUGGACCUUGUCCACUAACAAGUCCCCAGGAGGGCCAGAUAUUUAGCUGAGUGGCACCGCACCUGCCUUGAAAGCACAAGGUCCUGAGUUCGAUCUCCAGUACAAAAAAUAAAAAAGUCCCCAGGAGAGGAGCUGCCCCUCCACCCUCUUCAAAGCAAGGAGUAGAGCCGGGUAUGGUAACUCAUGCCUGUAAUCCCAGCACUCAGGAAAGGGGAGACAGGAAGAUCACCACAAGUUCAAGGCCAGCUUGAACGACAUAGUGAGACCCUGUCUCAAAAAAUAAGUAAAAUAAAGCAAGGAGCAGGGAAGUCCCCGAUCUCUGUCCUCAUUUGAUCCCCAUUCCCCAUGGUCACUGGAACUUAUCACAUUCCCAGAAGCCCAGGCAAGUGGCAGCUG